AUGGCAAGGCUCAGGGCCUCUUGCUCUCUCCUUCUCUGUCUCAUGCUUGUGGCGCCUCCACUCGCCGCUACAGAUGAGGUGGACACGGCAGGGGAGGAAGGGACGGGGUUCGAUGAGUUCGAGUACAUCGAGACCCCCGACCUCGUUGACAGCAAGAGCGUCGGUGCUGCUUUUCUGCAUGAGGAUCCUGAGCCGAUUGAUACCAGCAACAUGAGCAUCUCCUUCAUACAUCCCCCUCCUGGCUACACGUUCACAAAGGACCCGUACGUUGAGGUAGGAGGGAGCGGCAUACCGCAGGGAUACAGCGGCAUGCUCUACUUUGGCAGCGGAAAUCCCUUUCCUCUCUCCCUGCAAGAGCUCCCCCUCAACGUAGUGAUCAGCGACCUGGCCCCUGGGAACUAUUCCCUCACCGUCAUCAUCCUCAACCACGAGCGACAGCCCACGGAGGUGCGAGCAGAGACCAACUUUGAGUUCCUCCCCCCCAACGUGGACGUGAAGAAGACGAGGAGCUCGGGGAAGUUCGACGCCAAGGUCUUCGAGAUGUCUCAGAGGUUUCACCUUGCCGAGGUUGUGUCCUCCGGUUCUGAGGACGACAACCCCUUCCUGGACGCGUUCAGGUCGUACGCUAAGGGCAACGUCGACUGUGUUAGGUGCGAGGAGGAUGAGAUUCAUGUCUCGGACGAGAUCUAUGCUCAAGUAGCCGUUAAGCUCUUCUCGAGAAGCAGCAGGGACAUCGAGCAGGCCGUGGACAUAGCCUACCACUGCGCCGAGAUGGACAACUACAACUGCCUCUUCCUCGCCCUCGUCUUCGAUAACAUGCACCAGCGACUCGGGCUCUUGGGGCACGACGACGAUAAGUUCCCCGUGCUCGAAAAGUGUGCCAAGGCAAGGAACCCGCUGUGCCAGCUCGCCCUCGGGUACCGCUACAGGAAGGGGAUCAGCGUCCCCGAGAGCUGCGACCUGGCAGCCAUGUACUACCGGCUAGCAGGAGACGUGUCUGUCAUGUUCAGCCAGGAAGAUGCAGGAAACGCUCCUCUGCACAACGUUCGUCUGCUCGAGUACACUGCUGUGUCUGCAGAGCAGGAGAAGGCUCAGGUCGAGGAGCUGCGGGUGGUGCAGGCGGAGCAGGGGAAUGCAGAUGCUGCUGCAGCCGUUGCGAUCGACCGUUACUUCGGGACGAGCUACACUGGGUCCGGGAACAAUGAGGAGGAUAAGAAGUGA